GGCAUUACGGUCUGAGCCGGCGAGCGGUGAGGAGCUCCAGCGAGAGAGGCGAUAUCAGUGAGCGAGACACGUGCUGACGAGCGGUGAAACGAACAGAGACGAGAUGGCACCCUGCCAAGUGAUCCCUUCGGAGUCGGCGAGCCCCAGCGACUACAAAAAGGUUCUGAAACCUCUGCUGGAGCGUCGGCGUCGGGCGCGCAUCAACCGCUGCCUGGACCAGAUGCGCGACCUCAUGGUGGACGCGCUGUCCAUGGAGGGCGACAGCGCCGCCAAGCUGGAGAAGGCCGACGUCCUGGAGCUGGCUGUGCGUCACCUUCAGAAGCUGCAGGCGCAGCGGCGCGCCGCCGCCCCCGCUGCCCCGGCCGCGCCGGCCGCCAGCCCUCAGAUCGAGCUGGAUCGGUACCGCGCCGGGUUCUCCGCCGCCGCCACCGUCGUCAGCCGGGCCCUGGCCUUCACCCCUGGCGUGGACGUGGAGCUGGGCACCCGCGUGAUGCAGCACCUGGGCAGCUCGUUCCGCGCGCUCGACCAGCGCCGGCUGUCUGCGCCGCUGACGGUGGAGGUGCCCCAGUUCCGCACCCGGGUGCCGGUGACGGCGUGCCCGGCCAGCCCGGCCGACAGCUGCAGCUCUGGCUACUCGAGCGGCGCCGACAGCGGUCUCCUCACCGUGGUGACUCCGGUGUCUGCGGCCCCGCGCGCGCCGGCCUCCUCCCAGUGCAGCCCCAGCCCGCUGAACCUGAAGCUGGGCGACGAGGGUAUGUGGCGGCCAUGGUGAACGGGCUGUCGCAGCUCGGCGCUGCCGGAGGGCUUUCAGAGACUGCCCGGCCAUGGGGGCCGAGAGGGGCGUGCUGUGAUAUUGGGCCGCUGUGAUAACUGUUUGCUUUUUGUGUGCUUUGUUUGUAGUCAAGUUGUUUGUGCAGAGGUGACGUUCAGUUUCAUUCAAGGCUGUACAAUACACCUUAUGAUGUGUGUUA